AUGGUCACGAUAAGACGGGUUCAAUUACUGUUGGCGGUCUGCUUGAGUGGAACAGUAAAGUUUUCGGAAUCAUUUCAAUCUUCACAUAUCGCUCGGCAUGACAAUCCAAGAUGUCAAUUCCAAAUUCCUCAUCAUACUCAAAAGAAUCCCUAUUCUUAUGACUCGAGUCGACUAGACGCGGCUACGGUCUCGUCAUCAACAUCAGAGUCCCCCAGUAGUGAGACAAAGGCAACAAAAUCGUCAGUGACGGGGAAGGUUGGAAACUGGGAAGAAAUCCAUGGCAAUUGGGUCCUUCGGCCUCCUUCCAGUGAAACACCCAGAGCUCUCUUACAUUUCCUUGGAGGAGCUUUGGUUGGAGCUGCUCCCCAUAUCACCUAUCGAUACAUGCUGGAGCGACUGGCGGAGAAGGGCUUCUUGGUGGUAGCUACUCCAUAUCAACUCUCUUUUGAUCAUUUAGAAAUUUGCGACGAUGUGAUUACCAAAUUUGAAAAACUUGCUCCGUCAGUGGCCCGACAAUAUGGAGCACUGCCUGUGGUUGGAGUCGGACAUUCCUGUGGGGCACUGCUCCAAGUAUUGAUCACCUCGCUCUUUCCCGAUACACCUCGAGCUGCAAAUGCAUUGAUGAGCUACAAUAACAAACCCAUUGGUGAGGCGGUUCCCUUUUUCGAAGAAGUUUUUGCGCCUGCCUUUUCGUCACUGGCGGCGCCCAAUGGUACACUGCCAAGCAGUAAUGAAGCAUUGAAAAUGGGCAUUAAUCUGGCACGGAUUGCGACGGAAGGAGAACUUCCAUCGGAUCAACAACUUCAACAGUUGGUGAGCUUUCUGCCACCGUUUCAGACCAAUGCAAACAUAAAAAUUCCAAAAACUUUCCGACAAUCAUUUGAAAAGACUUUUUCGCCGUCAGUGGAAGCACUUUCCGAUGCAGGAGUGCUGCCUAUUUUAAAUCAACUAUUUGUCAGUCUAGAGCAAAUUCCAAAGCUAGUGGAUGAGGUGGCAACGGGUGCCCGCGAUUUCUCUCCUCCACCGCCGGCGGUCAAAGCGUCGGUGGGCAAGGCGUAUCGAGCACGUCGAACCUUGGUUUUGGGAUUCAAGGACGACGGUAUUGAUGAGUCGGAUGAGAUUGAAGAAAUUUUGAAGGAGGCAAUGAGUAUUACCAGAAUGAAGAGACCGAUGGUGGGGGUGGAUGUCCAACGAAGGUCGCUUGAGGGCGGGCACGCUACCCCGCUCCUGGCACCACCUUUGGAUGUUGCAGCUCGGGCUGAAGACAUACUGGGAUCGGAUACCUCUCAGGAGCGUUUGCUCUACACCCAAGCAUCGGAUACAGUAGACAGUCUGAUUGAAUGGUUGGAAGCAGGUAACCUGUAA